GCGCGGGGGCAGCCGGCUGCAGGCUCUGCGGGCGCAGCUCGGGUGCGGGCGAGGGCACGGCAGGCGCAGCGGCCUCUGGACAGCGCGAUGAAUGGAUGCAGGUAACUUCCGGGUCUGCAGACAAGAGGAGAAGAAGAUGAAGGAAGAUUGUCCAACCAGUUCUCACGUGCCCAUCAGCGACAGCAAAUCCAUUCAGAAGUCAGAGCUCUUCAGCCUGCUGAAAACCUACAACUGCUACCAUGAGGGCACCAGCUUUCAGCUGAGACACAGAGAGGAAGAAGGGGCUCUGAUCAUCGAGGGGCUCCUCAGCAUUGCCUGGGGACUCAGGCGGCCCAUCCGGCUCCAGGUGCAGGAUGACCGGGAGCGAGUGCACCUCCCCUCAGCUUCGUGGGCACCUGGACGACCCAGUUGCCACCGAAAGGAGCCACCUCCCCAGGAUGGUGGGGUCACUGCCCAGGAGCCAGGCACUCAGCCAGUGCACAAGGCCGAGAGUUCCAGAGACAGCUCAGGGCCCCUGGAGGAGGACGAGGAGACACCACAGCUGAUGCGCACCAAGAGUGACGCCAGCUGCACGAUCCAGAGGAGGCCCAAGUGCCGCGCGCCCGGCGAGGCCCAGCGCAUCCGGAGACACCGGUUCUCCAUCAACGGGCACUUUUACAAUCACAAGACCUCCGUGUUUACUCCGGCCUAUGGGUCUGUGACCAACGUGAGGGUCAACAGCACCAUGACAACCCCGCAUGUGCUCACCCUGCUGUUGAACAAGUUCAGGGUGGAAGAUGGCCCCAGUGAGUUUGCACUCUACAUCCUUCACGAGUCUGGAGAGCGGACAAAAUUAAAAGACUGCGAGUACCCGCUGAUUUCUAGAAUCCUGCACGGGCCGUGCGAGAAGAUCGUCAAGAUAUUCCUGAUGGAAGCCGACCUGGGCGUGGAGGUGCCCCACGAAGUUGCUCAGUACAUUAAGUUUGAAAUGCCGGUGCUGGACAGUUUUGUUGAAAAAUUAAAAGAAGAGGAGGAAAGAGAAAUAAUGAAACUGACCAUGAAGUUCCAAGCCCUGCGUCUGACGAUGCUGCAGCGCCUGGAGCAGCUGGUAGGGGCUGAGUAGCUGGCCAGGGCCUGCCUCUUCUGAAGGCUCCAGCAGCAGCAGAUGCACCUGAGCCCCAGUGGCUGGGCCCUGGCUGGUCACACUGAUGACGGCCACCCCCUGAGCAAUCUAGCACCUGUGCUUCUGCCUGUCUGAAGCCCAAGUACCACGAGUCCCACAGCCCCAGCUCUCGGCCCUGAAGUGAGCACUCACAGGGAGCAGACCCAGGUCUCCAAGUGGGAUCUGCGUGGCCAGUCCUGUCCGUGCCACACCCUUCCUGCUCAGCAGAGCAGUAGCUGACCCCGUGCCUGGGGCACGGGCUCUAUCGCUUGCUCAGUGCCUGGCCCAGAGCCCCUGCGUGAACCACGAGAUCCCUAAGAUCCCUGUCUGCACUCACGUCAUGCUGCCAUGCAGGAACUCUGCUGGGAAAAGCAGGGACUGCCAGCAGGUAUGGGACAUGCCCUGCUCCCAGCCACUGCCUCCACAGUGUGCCCAGCCUCCAAGCUUCCGACGUCACCCAUGAGCCUUACACAACCUGGCCCCUGGGGGCAGAGGUGACAGCAGGCAUAAGACCACCUUCCCUCUGCAGAAAUCAGUCUUAACUUCAUCUGCAAGACUUGAAGGAAUCCUUAUGAGAAGCUGCAAGAAACACAAUGUGAUCCCAUUGGGGGGUGGUUCACACUACGUUGAAAGGGUGCUGCCCCGGGUGGAUGCCCCGCAGCGACUCUGAAAGGCAGUGCUCAGCCCCACCCCACAGUCCUGUGGACGGCUGUCUGCCUCCUGCCCUCUCUGGGCUUGGAUUCCUCUCCUUUAGUGGGCAAGGGACAACUCUCAGUACUUCUUCUCAAGGGAGAACGAUGAGGAGAAAUGUCUGUUUGGAAGAAAGGGCUUUGAAUUCCCUGGGGCCAGAUACCGAACAAUUUGUGUUUGUCAACGAUGGAGAAUUUCAGGAAUGAAUGAGAAAGCAUUUGCAAAAUUAUGCAACAGUUUACAUCGGUCAUGUGAAGUGUUUGUCCAAGACAAAGCAAACUGAAGACCAAACUCCUCCCACCGGGAUGUACAGAUAGCGGAUUUGUAUAGAGGAUUUAAAGGGAAGAACCAUAAAGGCUUGAGAAGACUGGUGAGAUUCCAUGUCCAAUGUGCAGAGACGCUCCUAUGGUUGCCCAUAAAGAGCAGAGCUUAGGAGCAGCCAGGCCAUGUGGAGCCACUUAUCGGGGUGAACGUCAUACCAGGAUCCCCUGACAUGGCUCCGUUGUCACAGAGACACAGAGAUGCCAGGGGAGGCCUGCCCACUGCCCUAUUGUCUCUGCUCUCGUGUGCCAGUUCCUUAGGUGCUCAAUAAAGGUGUGCUGCAUUGGCCUGAA